GAGAGACGCCGCGCUGCCCAAUAGGCGGAGGCGCUUCCUAGCAGCCUGGUGGGAGCAGAGAUAGAAAAGUGCUCCAACAAGCCCCGAGCUGGCGUGCCGAGCGCGGGCUGGUGGCUGGCGGCGCGGUGCUCCGCGGGUCCGGGCUCCCUGGUCCGCAGGACCACCCUGCGCGCUCUGCGCCCUGAACCCCGGCUGUGCACUCGGAGCCCGGCGGGCAGGGACGCCGGCCCGCAGGCUCCCAGGGGAGGGGUGGCUCCUGCAAAAUGGUCCCUCACCUGGUGCUGCUCUGCCUCCUCCCCUUGGUGCGAGCCACCGAGCCCCACGAGGGCCGGGACGACGAACAGAGCCUCGAGGCGGCCCUGGGCGUGGCCAACGCCUCGCACUUCUCCUGGAACAACUACACCCUCUCGGACUGGCAGAACUUUGUGGGCAGGAGACGCUACGGCGCCGAGUCCCAGAACCCCACGGUGAAAACCCUGCUCAUCGUGGCUUACUCCUUCAUCAUCGUCUUCUCACUCUUUGGCAACGUCCUGGUCUGUCAUGUCAUCUUCAAGAACCAGCGAAUGCACUCGGCCACCAGCCUCUUCAUCGUCAACCUGGCGGUCGCCGACAUCAUGAUCACACUGCUCAACACCCCCUUCACUUUGGUUCGCUUUGUGAACAGCACGUGGGUGUUUGGGAAGGGCAUGUGCCACGUCAGCCGCUUUGCCCAGUACUGCUCCCUGCACGUCUCGGCACUGACGCUGACAGCCAUUGCAGUGGACCGCCACCAGGUCAUUAUGCAUCCCUUGAAACCCCGGAUCUCAAUCACAAAGGGUGUCAUCUACAUCGCUGUCAUCUGGACCAUGGCUACGUUCUUUUCACUCCCACACGCUAUCUGCCAGAAAUUAUUUACCUUCAAAUACAGCGAGAAUGUUGUGCGCUCCCUCUGCCUGCCAGACUUCCCUGAGCCAGCUGACCUCUUCUGGAAGUACCUGGACUUGGCCACCUUCAUCCUACUCUACAUCCUGCCCCUCCUCAUCAUCUCUGUGGCCUACGCUCGUGUGGCCAAGAAACUGUGGCUGUGUAACACGAUUGGCGAUGUGACCACAGAGCAGUACCUUGCCCUGCGGCGCAAAAAGAAGAAGACCAUCAAGAUGUUGAUGCUGGUGGUAGUCCUCUUUGCCCUCUGCUGGUUCCCCCUCAACUGCUACGUCCUACUCUUGUCCAGCAAGGUCAUCCGCACCAACAACGCCCUCUACUUUGCCUUCCACUGGUUUGCCAUGAGCAGCACCUGCUACAACCCCUUCAUAUACUGCUGGCUGAACGAGAACUUCAGGAUUGAGCUAAAGGCAUUACUGAACAUGUGCCAAAGACCUCCCAAGCCUCAGGAAGAGAGGCCGCCCUCCCCGGUUCCUUCUUUCAGGGUGGCCUGGACAGAGAAGAGUGAUGGCCAGAGGGCUCCCCUCACCAAUAACCUCCUGCCCACGUCCCAACUCCAGUCUGGGAAGACGGAUCUGUCAUCUGUGGAACCCAUUGUGACGAUGAGUUAGAGGAGGUAGGAAAGAGGCAAUGGGAGGGGUCUAUCUCCAUCUGAGGCAGAGAAAGAGAACCUGUUCUCACACAUGAUCUUGAGAGUGCUGGAAACACACUCCUGCAGAAGCUGUAGGACUCUUCACUUCCUAGGAAACUGUCUAGCCUCCUAGCCCCAUGUGAUGUGAAAACUAAAAGGCACCACCAACUAGACAUGUGUUCAUAAAUUCCCAUCUAAGACAUACCACACUUGGAGGUAUAGCAGCCUGGAUCUCUGAGGAAGUGGACGGUGGACAACUUUGGCCCAGAUAGGGGCUGAAUCAUUCAACUGCCUCCAUCUGUGAGGCAGCUGCUGCCUUACAGCCUUCCCUACUGCUGAGCAUCCAAAAGGGAGACCUGAAUCAUACUUUGGGUAUGGUGACCCAGAUGCACAGAGCUCUGCUUGAAACAGGUGCACAGGCCAGGGAAAUGCCAGCAAGCCAGAGCUGGCAUGGAGAUUUUCAUGCCUCACUUUCUGGAGUCACUGGGCCAUGAAGAAUCACAAGUCUUCAGUGGCCUACCAAUAUCCAGACAAGAAAGGACCAACUUGGGUUCCUUAAAACAAAGGGAAAUUAUUAUUGCCACUUAGAAAAAUUCAGAAAA